UCUCGAGCUGCGCUUGGGCAGAGGCCCCGCUAGGCAUGUGCCCACUGCCUGCCCGUGUUCUGGCUUCUCUGCCUUCCUAGAGAAGUGGAGAAUGUAGAGUGGGAUCGAACUCUAGGAGUCUUUCUACCCAGUCCCUCCCUUCUGCAAGGAGAAGCUGCUCAAGAUCACACAGCAACUCCAAAUCCAAGAUGUCCAGCCCCCUGGAACAGGCACUGGCUGUGAUGGUCACCACCUUCCACAAGUACUCUGGUCAAGAGGGUGACAAGUUCAAGCUGAGCAAAGGGGAGAUGAAGGAACUUCUGCACAAGGAGCUACCCAGCUUUGUGGGGGAGAAGGUGGAUGAGGAGGGCCUGCAGAAGCUGAUGGGCAACCUGGAUGAGAACAGUGACCAGCAGGUGGACUUCCAGGAGUAUGCUGUCUUUCUGGCUCUGGUCACUGUCAUGUGCAACGACUUCUUCGAGGGAUAUGCAGAUCGGGUCUGAAGCAGAGCUCUCAGCCCCUGCCAUGAGUUUCAGGCUCAGGAGGACUCUCUUUCCCUUUUAGUUUUGUACUCAAUAAACUUUUUAACUUGUUGAUAGUAGUUUAAUUGCUCAGUUAUGCCCCGUAACCUGACUGGUGCAGCUGGGUGCUGGGCUCUGGGGGUCUCCUAGAUCCCACCUGGACCCUGACCUCCAGAAAUCUUCCCAAGGCCAGAGCUGUGCCUUAGGUCCCAGAUUGCAGGAUUUCAAAUUAGAAAUUUGGAAAUUGAGAUAAUUUGCUACAACA